AUGGAGCCUUUGGGAGCUAAUGCCGAGGGAGAGUGGGGAUCUCUAAGUGGAAUGUACACCAAUGAGGAGGCUGAUUUCAUGGCCCAAUUGCUUGGAAAUUGUCAGUUCCCGAAUGAUUUAGAUGGCAGCACAAACUUCAGAAACGCCUCAUUGCUUUGGCCUGGCAAUUAUGAGUCAUCAAUGAACUUGUCAGGUUUUAGUGAAGGUUCGUAUUAUUCUCUGGAUGUUGGUGAUAAUAAUACUAGUUCAUAUAGUCAUAGUGAUGGUAGUAGUAUUCUUUUCCCAAGUUCUUCCAGCCAGGAAAGCUACUAUUUGAGUGAUUCACAGCCAAUUUUUGUCACUCAAAACUCUAGCUUUGGGUGUAUGGAUUUUUGUUUGGGGGAUGCAAAUCACACCACCUCUUACCUUAUUGAAGGUGAUGAGUGUUUGAAGCAAGAGAUGAGCCAUGGCAAUAAGGAAAAUCGAUCCAAAAAUGAAUCUGAGAUGCAACUAAUAGAGCCAGUUCCUGAAGAAAAAACCAUCAACAACCCAUCUGAGAACUCUAAGAAAAGAUCUAGAAGCACGACUGAUGCUCAAAAGAACAAGAAGGUUUCCAGGCCGAGAAAAAACCAGAAGACUGUUCCACCGACUAACAAUGAGCAGGAAGAUAAUAAUAAUGGUGCUCUUAACAGGCAGACCUCAAGCAGCUGCUGCUCGGAUGAUGAUUCUAAUGCCUCUCAGGAACUAUAUGGUGGAGAGACUUCAAGUUUGAGUUCAAAAGGGAAGGCAGCUGUCAAUCUCAAUGGCAAAACAAGAGCCAGUAGGGCCUCGGCAACUGAUCCUCAAAGCCUGUAUUCAAGGAAAAGAAGAGCAAGAGUCAAUGAGAGGCUGAGGAUUUUACAGAAUCUUGUGCCUAAUGGAACAAAGUUUGACAUUAGCACAAUGCUUGAAGAAGCUGUCCAGUAUGUGAAGUUUUUACAACUCCAAAUUAAGCUCUUAAGCUCUGAUGAUCUACGGAUGUAUGCUCCCAUUGCUUACAAUGGAAUGAAAAUUGGACUUGAUCUCAAAGUCACUGCGCCUAGGUGA